AUGAGCAGCAUCAUGGACAGCGAGGCAGCACUCAGGGCUAAAGCCGAAGAGCAUGGUUUGGACGCAGGACUGAUAGCCUCAUUGAUUGGCCGAGGAGUGAAUAGCAUCAGCAAAUUGGCAUACUCGAUCACAACCCCCGGUGUGAAUCCCACCGAAGAUCAACUACGGGGACUAGUGGACCCGUCAGAUCCAGGUGGGGUUACCUUAGGAGCCCUGGCCAGCAUUCGUAGGUUGGUCUUUGAGAGCCAAACCAUGUCAACUCAUCAAGUGAAAAUGGCUUUGGAGAACACCGAGAGUUCCAAGAAGCCUGAGUUGGUGCCAGCAGAACGACAUGCCAGGAUCAGAGAACAGAAAACACGUCUUGCAGGUUAUGACCUGACGGGACCUUUGGAGUGUUCACAUGCUUCGUACGAUGUCGUAGGCGAAAUGCUCCAGAAGGACUCGGUAGUGUACUUGCCUCCAACCAAGUUCGGAACUCGAUCGGCCGAAGUUGCAAAAGAUAGGCCACCGAAAGAGCUCAUCAUCGACUCCAGCUCCCACCUGGCAGUGACCACAGGCCGCAAAGAGGACAGGUGCAACGUGAAUUCCGACUUGCUUCUUUCACAGGCCUUUACUAGAAGAGCUUUAGCGUGUGACCUCAUGGGAGCUUGUUCUUUCGCUGCACUUGAAGGAUGGCACCGAUUCCUGUUUCGCCACUUGGAACACGCUCCUCCUAGUGGAUAUGACCAUGUGACCAAAGAACAAUUGUUGCGGGCCGACAAGCAGGGGUGGAUUCGCUUAGCUGAGAUUUUGCCGUCUAUCAAACGCCUCCCUGAUGGGAGCAAGCCGUUGGACGCCGCCUUUGCAGCGUUGAGGACUGAUCCAUGCGUGAUUUUCCAUCUGUUGCCACUACCCUCGACGGCUCGCAAGCCAUCACAGUCGAACAAACGGCGUGAAGCCACUGAGGAGAUUGACAGCGGCGAAUCCCACGGGAAACGCCGAAAGGGACCCAAGAAAGGAAAAGGCAAAGGAAAGGGCAAAAAGGGCAAGAACUUUGAAGAUCGAAUGCCCUCCGAGAUCAAAGUUUUCAUUGAGAUUUUCUCGGGCUCAGGGGGCCUCACUGCCGAGGUUCGUAAGCGAGGGCUGAUUUACAGUGUUGGAGUAGACUGUAGCAUUAGCAAGCAGGUCAAAAGCCCGACAGUGAGACUCGAUUUGACCACAGCAGACGGACAAGCUCUGCUGUUCGACAUGCUUGAACAACCUACAGUUGUUGGUUUUCAUGCAGCGCCACCAUGCGGCGCAGCAUCUCUAGCUAGAGAAAUCCGUAAGCACCUUCCGAACAUGCCUCAACCAUUGAACCCAGAGAUCCAAGAAGGGGUCUACGCUGCCACCGUUGAGGAGAAGGAGAGAGGAUGGCUCGAAGGCCCGCUGACCCUUCAUGAACUCGAGGCAGGAGCUAGCUUGACUCGUAGGUUUGGGGUGGCUCAAUCUUCAACCGGGAGCGAUGGAAUGCCUUGCGUGAAAAUUAGGCCGAUCGAUAAUUUCACUGAGUCCUUAAUAAAUCUGACUAAUUCUGGCUCUGAAUGCAUACCCGUGCAUUCGGUUGACGUGGUGAUUGUGUCGUUAUUGAUUCCAACUUGCAGCAAGGCAACGCACUCUUCAAAUACUUGUGCUCCAAAUUCUCUACAACCAGGAGCAAGGACUCUGCGCAGUGCAUAG